UUACAUUGAUUGCGCAUGCCUUUAUACGUAUAUGUAUGUACUGAAACUCAUUUGAUGCUAAUUUCCUAGUAUAACGUUAAAAUAGCAUGUAUUAGUCCGGGAUGUAUAAAUAGCACAGUGAAGACACGGGACGCUGCGUUUUAUAAAAAAAGAGUCUUUACUAUAGUAUAUUCUAUACACAUUGGUAUACACAAGAUGUAGUAACAGUUAAGGUUUCGUCCUGUUAUUCCGACAACACAGGCAACGACAUAUCAGAUAUAAAUAUUAGCUGGUUAGCUGAGCUCGGUAAAGUUAGUUUUAGGUUGUAUAUUGACCUGAUUCGUUAUCCGCGCAAGUUCUGUCGUUACAAAAAUAUCUACACAGUUUACAAAUAGCUUACACGUGUUAUAGAUUUACAAGAAAUCUCCAUUUAAAACAGCACAUGCGUUUUGUAACUGCAUGUUUACUGACGAGCUGUCAGGGGGAUCGUCUAUAAAUUCUGUAUUGUGUCUUAAAACGUGUGCGGCUGUCGAAACUGAUGGUAGAUAAUAGAAAUAUAAUAAUCAUGGAACAAAAUAAAUUGUGAGAUUAUGAAAAGUUUAGUUGAAGGGCUCAUUGACACUUCAGUGAUGCACUACGCUUGAGUAGCUAUACGUUAUACAUGCAUUACAUGUACAGUUUUUACAUAAAGAAAACUAACUUAAGACAUAUUGACAUUAUCUUAAUAUGUUAAGAAAAAAAAUAGUACUUUCAGGUUUUCUGACUAUCCUUUUUACCAAUAUCCCCCUUCAUACAUGUGUGGACAUAUUUUCUGAAACACAUUUACAGUAAUUCACCAAUUGCACAAUUAAAUGUAAUUUUCUCAUUCAAAAGGCUGUAGCACAUGAGGCCAGACACUACACAAAUGAAGGGAGAUAUUGGUAAAAAUCUUAUCUGUAGUAAGUCUCUGGCUAUGUGAUUUAACCUGUAGAGAAAAUUACAUUUUGGUGAAUUAUGGAAAAUAAUUUUCUAAAUUAUUUGUCUGCUGUACAUAUAUGAAGGGAAAUAUUGGUAAAAUGAUACAUGUAGCCUAGUAAGUCGGUCUGGCCUCAUUGAGUGAACUACAACCUUUGCAAAAUAACAUUUAGGUAAAUUACUCAAUAUUCCUUGUAAAAUAUUUUACAGUAUAUUUAUGAAGAGAGAUGUUGCCAGUGUUUUACAUUAAGUCAGUCUGGCCUCUAAAUAUUUGUUGUAACUUUCUAAAAAUAUAUGUUUUUCUGCUUUCUUUACAUUUUGGUUCUGUCUAUAUAAUUUACAGAUGAUCCCUAAAGCUGCAUAAGCGAUUGUCCUGCAAACAUCAAACCUAAAAUCAACUUUACUGAGCUCAAGAUGCUGUCACUGGGACGGUUCUAUUUGAAAAGUUACACCAUAUUUUGGUUAUUCUGGUACCUUAAACAUGUCAAUCCAGCUGGUAACAGGACAGUUCCUGAUUUUGGAAAGAUGUAUUAUGUCAAAGGUGUAAUUUCAUUGCCUUCCUAUGAGAUAGAAGAACCUUUUGAAGCUUGGUACGACUUUGAGGGGAACAGAAGUCGCAUCGACUACUAUAAUGGUACAACGCGCACAUUUCUGAUUGGAAAUGACUUGGAUUAUGGGGCCAUUUACCAAAUCAAACCAGUCCUUCCUCCCAGCGAUAUUAAGUGUUUCCAGCUUAAAGGUACCAAAGAGGAACCGAUACGGCCACAGUCAGCAAUGCCUGAUGUACAGGGAUUUGAGUUUGAGAAGAUGGAGGAUUGCAAAGGUGCUCAGUGUGAGGUCUGGAAAACCAUCACAGAGGCUGGCCAUAAGAAGAACACAUACCGUCUGUGGGUCACACGUCCAGAGGGAAAUGAUGCUCCAGCCACACCACACCGCUUUGAGAUGGAGGGCUUCAACACUCUUCUAGAUUCCCACAAUGACAAAUACAGCAUUGAGUACAGUGACUUCAGCUCACAAACUGAGCCUGAUGUUUUCACUCCACCUGCAGGAUUUACCUGUGAAGAGUUUCCUGAUCCUCCUGAGCAGCAUCAAAUAUUAGCCAAUCCCAUUCAAGACUAUGUCAGCACCAACCCUGUUAGCCACGCCCACCGAAUGUUUGGUCCCUUUAAGGAGAAGUUUAAUCGACAGUAUAAAAGCGAGGAGGAACACCAAGAGCGUGAAAUCAACUUUGUACAAUCUUUUAGGUUUGUGAACUCUACGAACAGAAAAGGUCUGUCAUUCACCGUGGGUAUCAAUAAACGAGCGGACUGGUCAAGAGCAGAAACAAGAAAGUCUAAAAUUCCAUUGGUUAUCUAAGCUGUGACUGAAAACCUAGGUAAAUAAAUAUCACUCUUAAGUGAUAUAUGUAUUAUUAAGCUAUUAUGAUAAAAAAUAACACAUUUAUUUCUACUAACUUAUGAAACGUCAAGGUGUUGUUGUGUAUAUAUACAAAAGAUAAAGGGCAUUUGGGUAAAAUCACCAAAGAAUAACAACAAUGUCUGUUGCAAAUCAUGCUUUAAACUGGCUGUGCUAUAUUUAGAAUGUCCACAUUAAUAAUAACUAGAGCUGCAUAUAAUACUGGAAAACUGUGCAAUACUGUUUUUGAGUAUUGCCAUAAUCAUAUUUCUUAUUUAACAUUUCGAUAGAAAACAUGCUAUUUUUGUGAGCUAUUAGCUAUGAUUAUAAAUGAUUUGUUUAAUGACAUUAAACUAAACAUGUAAUAGAAAUAAUUCAGAUCUAAUUAUUCUAGUUUAGACUAAAAAACUGAGUCAGGGUUAGGGUUAGUGCAGCGGAUAUCCUGACUUUGACUAUUGUUGUUGUUUUUAUUUUUUAAUUGAUUUUGUCUCUGACUUACUCUUGUUGUUUUAGUUUUGUGAAGCACAUUGGUCAACUUGAGUUGUCUUUAAUUGUGCUAUAUGAAUAAACUGUCAUUCAUUAAUUGUC